AACGACGUGGGUCACUUUGUGACCCGCGGGUCAGUGGUUCGCCAUCUCUGGCCUAUAGCUUAUGGCUAAAAUUACAUCAAUAUGAUUUACCUUUUGCAAAUCAAACUGUUUGUAAUUCGCUGCAUAUAUAUAUAUACCAUUCGUAUAUCCGCCUGAUAAAUCAGGAUCAGGGAUUUAUGAUGAAAUCUGUACAUUUAUUGUUUUCUGCGCGUAUUAUGUAGAUUGUUAUGACAUGACGGUUAAAACGCUAUUUGUUAAAUAGCAAAGUAAGGGCUACAAGGAAGACGGAAAUAGUGUAAAUUGAUAGCACAACCCAUGGCGACACGCGAGAACGAAAUGUUCAAAAAUAUGAAAAUUAUCGUUGCAAUUGUUUUGUGCUGGAUUUGCUUGAGUUCAUGUAAAAAAGUUCCGCGUCCACAAUGCAUCCACAAAAUCAAUGGUACAAAUGGUGUUGUUAAAUUUCCCGGAAUGCUGUUUAAUGACAAAGCGAAGGAAUUAUUUACAGAAGGGAGAAAAAUGGGAAGAAUUUGUAUCAUACACGGGAAAAUACCAGAAAAUAAUGAUUUGAUAUUGAAAAUAGACCAUCCAGUUGCCCUCCAGAACUGGAUAUCGGUUGGUGGAAAGAUUCCAGAAUACGGCGAUUGGGAAAAUAUGGCCAUUUUGUAUUACAAUGACCAAGGAUCUGUUGAUAUGCACACGGCCCAUCAAUAUAGUACAUUUGCAAGAGAUGGUGAAAAUGGGACAAAAGAAAUAAUGCUUCCAGGAUACAAAUUUGGUCAUGUAAGAAUUGUCUUCCCCCGAAAAAAGACAAAUUUAAUAAUUACAUACUCGUGGACUGAUACCCGGGAAAUGGUUUUCAGUCGCCAGACUGGUUUCCUAAAAUUUCAAUUCAAUCAAGCUUCGAUAGUGCUCUCAGGGUUCGAUGGAUCCCUUCCAAUACAGAAAUUUCCGAUACAGAUAGUGGAACCUGGGGUCAAAGAAUGGUAUCGUGCAAUAUUAAUUUAUCCAGAAAUUGUUGUGGAUUUUCGGAAAGAAGAAUUAAUGAAUUCGCACAAAUGCCUUAGUUUGGAAAACUUAGCUGAUUGUUUUGAAGGAAAGUCAAGAUUCGUGACCCAUUGGAUCGACAGUUGCGAUUAUCCAAUUGAUUAUCUUCUGGAGUUAUUCGGCGAAGAUGGGGACAGUGGAAUCGAUCCCGAUACAAUUCCCGCACCAACUAAACUUACACUAAAGGAUCAAAUUCGGAAAAUGGAUUCCGAAGCAAAAUUGCAACUUUUUAUGAAAUUAUUUUUGAGCAAUGGGAAGGACAUUUUCAUCAUUUCACUGGAAUAGGACAGGAACCUUGCGUAGUAGAUGAGUACGUAGAUCUGUACAAUAUUUUGAUAACACCAACUACUACAAAUCUCAAAGGUAGACCGUAUUUGGGAUGAAUUCAGAGGACUAGUAGAUAUUACGUGUAAUGCACGAAGUGAAGUGGGAAAUGAAUGGAAACCUCACUGCUCUUCGAACAUUUGUGAAUUACUCAAAGUGAAACUGAGUGAUGGAAAAACAACAUACGAAUAUAAGUACAAGUGUGCAAGCUUUAGAGGACGAGGCCGUCGCGGUGAGUGUAUUAUUUGCAGACACGGGAAGAACAAACUGUGUCAAACUCCAAAAGCCUCUGGAUAAGCGGAGAAAUAAAUGAAAAAAAAAAAUCCGUAGUAUUUACAUCCUUAGCGCGGUGAAGGAACAAUUAAUCAGUUAACAUUAUCAUAAUAAAAUUCAUCGCUAUUUUUCCUUUGCUUAAAAAUACAUUGUUUAGUGUAAAUUUGUUAGAAGUGUACAACCGUUUACUCUUAGAUGUCCAUUGUUACUGGGGCCCGUAGAUAGCUUCAGUACAGUGUGUACCUCUUUUCAAUUAGCUCUUGUGUAUCACCGCUAGUGGGCAGUGGUUCACUGCCUUGUAUUAUUGGUCAAGGCCUCUCGACAACAACAUGAAACCGGGAGCGCACACAGUAAAUUUGCUUACCUACUUCAUGUGUUUAUCGUAGAACUAUAUUGGCUGGAUAGACGGCAACUGUCAUUUACCGCAACCAAUUCCUGUAUGGUUGCUUUAUUGAAUUACAUUUAAUAACUGAAGAUUCUGUUUAACUGUGGAUUUACUUGGAUUAAACUAUCAUUCCAAGCAACAA